AGCCGGCAGACGAACCGGCUCCCGACACAGAAACCAAAGCGGCCGACGAACCGGCAGCGGUUCCAGCAGCCGAUGCAGAACAGACUAAAGACGUCGAAGAGGAAGAGAGCAAGGACAAGGUGGGACCGAUCCCAGACGUUGUGGUUAAGAAAGUAGAGAUACAAGGUGAGGCCCAUCUCCUAUCCCCCGAUCCCGUCAUCCCCACUGGAGGCACACGAGAUUUGGCGGAUUCGAGUUGGGAGCCAAGUGGCAUGGACUUGCGAGACAACGGCGAUGUGGAUGUGGUUGCAGCUCAGGCGGAAGCGGCUUCCGUACAGGAGACUCCAUGUGUGCCUUCAACAACCGCAGAAGUGACAGCGGGACUCGACGAACUCAAGGACCAAGGCAGCGGCGUCGAUCAUGAUCCGACGACGGAGGUGGACCAGGCACGUUUCACCGAUAAACAGGAACCGGAGUUGGCGGAUAUCUCGGAACCGCCGGUGACGUCGCCGAAUGCGCUCGUCGAGGCCGAGAGCCCGCAGACUGGGCUCCUGGGCUUGCCGAACGAGCCCGUAGCAGUAGCGACGAGCACUACGUCGGCAUUUUCGUGCCCACGUGCAGACGUGGCGGAGAUAGCUGCUGAGCCUGAAAAGACUCUCGCCGGGCCCGAUAAUGCUACAUGUAUGGUUGGCGCUGAAGAACAGCUCGUUGGCUCAGAUGUCACUUCGGUUGAAACGGAUUCUCAAUCACAGCCCAGAAAUCCUGGCGAGUCGGAGCAAGUACUAGCCGAGAAGUCCGAGGAGCCCAACGAUCCGCCAGCUUCGCCGCCGAGUGAGAGUGAGUCUCAAGAAUCAUCUGGGACAGCUCUUCCAGGUCCGGAAGAGAUAACCCUCACCGAACCCCACGAGAACGAUCUUCCUAAGGCUCUCCCUCUCGAUGAGCCCACCGUAUCCGAGAUCUUGGCAGAGGAAAGCGCCGAGAUGCAACAAGAGUCCGACACUCGACUGUCAUCACAUCCCGAACACCCCUCGGAGUCGGAAUCCGCACUAGAUGAGCACCAAAUCUCCCCUGAAGUAGAGUCGACGACGCCUGAACAAGCGGAAUUAUCCCCAGGCACGAUCAACGACGAGUCUACUGCCGAUUGGGAGGAUGUUACGGCCAAUCCGAGAAGUAUCGUUGAAGAUCCCGACACACAAGACGAGGCCCCGGAGAAUCCCACACUCAUCCACGAGCCAAAAGCGGACCAAGCAGCCCCCGAUGAUGUUUUCGCGGGACCCGUUGAGCAAGGGGAAGAAACUGCUGAAAUCCCCGGUAGACUGGCAACAGGAGACGAAAACACCGACCCGGUAGCAGAGACAGAGACAUCUGUUCUUUCCAAUGAUGUUCGUCAGCUGGAAGCGGAACCCAGCUCCCCGCCGGUGCUUGAAGACGAGGAAAAACUGAAACUCCUUGACAUUGAGGUUCGCGUCGAGGAACUCAAUACGCCACCAGACGACGUUGACAGUAUUCUCGUCGGCCCCGAGUCACCCGCGAUAUACCAGGAUGAUGCUGAAGCCCCUGGUUCGGAAGAGUCCAGCUCUACCGAGCCGUCUACAUCUGUUGAGGAACCAAGUUGUGAGCAGGAAGCCACCGUGAUGGCCACCGUCGACAACCCUGAUGCAACACAAGACACUGCAGCUGCGGGGAUACCCGACUCGACAGAGGGACCAAGCCCUUUAGCUGCGAACACUGCCAUCCAGGACCAGGACCAGGACCAGAUCACUGCCGAUGAGCUCGACACUCCCAAGGCAACCAGCUCUGGUGAAGCAGACGAAGCACAACCAAUUGUUCUGCAACCAGUGAGCGAGGAAGAAUCCGCUCAGUCGGAGUCUGAAAAGGAGUUGCCCCCUGUUGAAGAGUCUCAGAUCCAGUCUUCUGUGAUACUCGUUAGCGUGGAAGAAUCCGCUCAGGCUGGAUCUGGAAAGGAGUUGCCCCCUGUCGAAGAGUCUGAGAUCCAGUCUUCUGUGAUAUUUGUCAGCGAAGCCUCCAUCAUGCCCGAGACAGAAAUCGUCGAGAAUCCCAGCUCCGGAACUCCGCCGCCUGUCGAAACUACAGAAUCUGCGCCUCAGUCCGAACAGGAUACGAGUGACAGAGAUAACAUUACGCAAGACACACCAGAGUCUACAUUUUCUGAAGGCGAUUGGGACCGGAGCACACCAACUCCAGGCCCUGUGGACAAAGUCGGCGUUGGUCAUGCCGCUUCAAAUGCACACUUUGAUCUGCCGGGAGCCUCUCAACAGAAUGAAGCCCAACAGCGGGACAGCGAUUCCGAUAUAGUCAUCGUUGAGCGCGACAUGAUGGACGAAGAAGAUCAAACAGUGACAGAUUCCGAAGACAAACAGCCGGCGUCAGUGCUCGAUGAGACGGCACAGCCAAGCAGUCCCACUUCACACGAUCAUCGGCAUGCUGAUGAUGGCCAAGGAGAUGCCUCCGAAACAUUGGAGAUUCCCGGCGACGGGCUGUCUUCCCAAUUGCCUGUGGACGAGGAAACUCUCAGCGACGGUGGUGGUAGUGUCCCGACGGAAAGCGCCAUCGUGGAAAGAGACGCCUCAGGGCCCAGCCGGCCGAGUGAAGAGGACGCUACUACAGCUCCGAUCGAGGAUUCCUCCGAAACAAGCGUCAUGGUUGCAGGCGCCGCAUCGGUUGGCAUUACUGCCGCUGCCGCUACCGCUGUUGCUGGUGGGGCUGCCGCACACGAGCUGUCCAAGGACGAUGGGUAUGACCAAGGCUCAGUCCGAGAACCGAUUGUGGAGGAAGAGAAAGCGCGCGCGGUGCCUUCCUCCAUGAGCCGCAGUUCCUCGGAUAAGCUGAUCCAAACUGCACUGGAGGGAUGUGAACCGGUCCAAGCAUACCAAACCACCGCCGUCUCGGAGUCUAGAGACAGAGUCGCGGAGCCGAUGAUUCCCGUCAAAGACGCCGAGAGCAAGGAUGGCCAUGCUGGUGACGACUCCAUUACGCAGAGAGGUGUUACACCGGCCAAAGCCGGCAUGGUAGACGAGGGUACGCAAACGGACGAAUCGUUCUUCGAAUCCCAAAGGCGGCCCCCUACCCCUCUCGACCCGGAGCAUCGUGUCGGUGCUGCGACGCCAGGCAUCGUACUGCCUGAUGCGUCAGAUGUGUCUCCCAGCCCCAAACAAAGGGCCAGGACGCUCCGACGUCAGCGGAAGCUGUCCAUGGCUCGGGCGGAAGAAAUGGUUGCCGCCGCCGUGGUUCUCUACGCUACAGCCGAAGUCUUGAGCUCUCCUCAGCGCCCACUACGUGGUGAAAUCUCGCAGUCCGGUCCAGAACAACGCAAUCUGUCACAUGUCCAAGCCCAGAAGAUGGUGGGAAGCGGAGGAGAUUCUGAUCCGCCUUUCGUGUCCGGCCAACCUAUGAUUCAUGCACAAGGGACUACGGAGCAUCAAGAAGAGGAACUUCGAAAGUCGGUUGCUGACCUAUUCACAGACGAUAGGGAUGACAAGAAAGAGUCGGAAUCUUGGCGAGAUGGUGAGAGGCGGCGCAGACAUCGACAUUCUCAUCACUCGUCGCACCAUUCUAGCCGCAGCAGAGGCGAGGACGACGGCAGGGAGAGCAGGAGUCGACGUCACUCGCACCAUUCGCACCAUUCUCAUCACCGCCGCCAUCGCACCGACAGCGAACGGGCACGAGAUGGUGAGCGUGAGCACGAGCGCGAGCGCGAUAGGGAUCGCGACCACGACCGCGAGCGGGCCUCUCGCUCCGUUCGCUCUGGGUCUGAUUCGGGAACACACACACCGCCACGGACACCGAAACGUCAGGACAGCGGCUUCUCCGAAGCCACCGACUCCCCGCGCAGACGACACCGUAGCGAGCGCACGCCGGAAGAGCAGGCGGCGCACGAAAGGCGCAAAGAGGAGCGGCGGCUGGAGAAGGAGAGGGAGAGAGAACACGAGGAGCGACGGAGGCACAAGGACAAGGACAGGGAGCGAGACCGAGAUCGGGGCCGAGACCGGGACCGGGACCGGGACCGAGACGGCCAUCGGCACCAACGGUCGUCGCGGCAGUACAGUGCCACGGGCAGCAAGGAGGAGUCGCCCUCGGUGACUCCGGUAUCGGCGACCAGCAAGAAGUUUUUCGACAUCAAGAACGCCGAAGGCGUAGUCAAAUCGACGUUCCCACCGCAAAUCAUCAAAGACGACGGACACGCGGACGUCGACGACAGCGGAAGCUACCGGGAGAGAGAGGUGGCUGCAAAGACGGCUGCCAAGACGGCUGAACCGCCCUCGCCGCCACGGGAUGCGACCAAGAGGCCAAGCACAACCAGGUCCCGGCACGGUUCCAGCAACGGACACAGUCGGGGGGCUGAUGACAAGGCCAAGCUGGAGCGGGCGAGGGAGGCUGUGGCGGAAGAGGCGCGCCAGGCAAAGGAGGCCAGAGAAUCUCGGGAGGCCAGGGAGGCGAGGAAGGCCAAGGAAGCUCGUGAGGCCAAUAAGGCCCGUGAAGCCCGUGAAGCGCGAGAGGCCCGUGAGGCCCGUGAAGCGCGAGAGGCGAGGAGGGCAGCGAGGAAAGCAGCGGCGGCUGCAGCUGUAGAGACGGUGUCGUCGGAAGAAAUGUCGGAGUCGAAGAGGGGCGAGGACUCGCGACGAAAGGCGAGGGAGGAGGAGAGAAGGAGAAGGGCCAAGGAGAUGGAGAAGGAGAAGAAUAAUGGGCUUAGGGCUGCUUUCAAGCGGUUCUUUACGGCUUGAUGUUGAUGUUGUCGUUUUUUCGCCAAGAUUCAGGUUUUUGAUUUUUGAUUUCUCUUUCUUCUCCUACUAUUUCCUUUCUCUCUUUCCGUUCUUGUCUCUUUUUUUUUCAUUUUUUUCAUCUCUUCUUCAUCUUCAGGAUUGUACGCUUCUUCGUGGCUGCCAUGUCGUUUCACGCUUGUCUUUUUCUUCUCUUUCUUGUCAUGACUGUACGAAUGGAUGUCGGUAUAAUGGACGAGUUGGAUGAUUGAAUGAGAUUGAUGAACUC